AUGAAGCUGGCAGAGUGGGUGGUGAAGGCAGGCGACACCGCGCUGGACUACCUGUUCAUGACCUACCUGCCCCUGCCCUUCCUUGCGGGCCACUCCCUGCGCCUCGCCCUUCGCUCCCUUCCCGCCCCCCUUCGCGAUGCCAUCACCAAGUUGUGUAGAGAGUACUCGUACGAGCUGCGGCCUGACCUGCCCGUGCUCGACAAUACGGAGAGGGCCUUUGGCCGCGUAGUGCGCCAGCUGCUUCGCGUCGGCUGGGCCGUGGCCGGCCUCCGCGUCCUCCCCGCCCUCGGUGCGGCCCAGCCACCACCUGAGUCGGGACUUGGCCCAGGAACGCUGACGGCCUGGGUUACGACGGGCAUCAUGGCGGCCGGGCAGGGCGUGUGGUCGGGCGACCAGCUCAGCACGACCCUUCUCCGUUACAAGACCGAACACCCGGCCACCUUCGUCCCCUUCCUGUUCCCAGAGCACUUCGACGCAGGGCACCGAGUGCAGGACGCCGUGGAGGGAGCUGCCGAGUGGCUCGGCAUCACGAGGCCCUCCAGCAGAAGGCGCGAGAAGUGGCUUCGGGAGUUCGUGGUGCGCCUGUGUCUACACACCUUCACCGUGCACGGCUACUUUGCCUGGCUCUGCUGGAUGGCACCCAAGAAUUCGACCGCCCACAUCUGGGCCAAGUGUCUUGGUGUGGCCUACUUCAUUCUGUACCUGCCUUCAUUCCGGUACGAAUAA